CAGCCCAAUGUCACAUCUUUAAUAUUGAAAUCUAAACUCUUAAUUGGAAAUGAACUCUAAUUUACAAAGUACAUUAAAUACACAUUAUAUUUUUAAGAUUAUCUUACAACGCAAAAACAUUAAUAUUUUUACAGCUCAAUAAUUAAGCUUAAAUGUAGUCUUAACUUUUAUAGCAACUGAGCGCUGAAGUGUGGAGUUGUGGACAACACUACGUUUUACAGCGGCGGUGUAUUUGUGGUGAGGCGGGAGAAUGGUUUUGGCAAAGGGCCUGAGGCCCGCGCAGGUUGUGUUGGGGAUAUUAGCAGUACGUAUUCUCUCCGUAUUCUUGGUGCAAACUUGGUACGUGCCUGACGAGUAUUGGCAGACUUUGGAGGUAGCCCAUAAACAUGCAUUCGGCUAUGGAGAACUGACCUGGGAGUGGCAGAAAGGCCUUAGAAGUUACUUAUAUCCAAGCGUUGUAGCAGUUUUAUACACAAUUCUUAAAUUCACUGGACUUGAUUAUGCGGAUGCAGUGGUCUUUAUGCCACGCAUCUUCCAAGCUAUUAUAAGUACAGCAGCGGACUAUAGCUUUUAUAAAUGGACUGGCAAACGAAAGUGGGCCCUGUUUUUAAUUUUGUCAUCUUGGUUUUGGUUCUAUACAUCGAGUAGAACCCUCUUGCAGACCUUGGAAACCUCUCUGGUGGCCAUUGCAAUGUCAAUCUUUCCAUUUAAAGCGGGAAAACUUGGUUAUUACGAAAAUGAAAAUAAUAACUGGAUAUGGCUGGCAUGUUUAUCUGUGUUUGUGCGGCCAACGUCAGCUCCAAUAUGGCUAGUUCUUGGAGUAUACAAUGUCAUGACAACCAGACAGGGACGACUGAAGCUUCUUUUGAGAACCUAUAUGCCUAUUGUAGUCCUAUCUGGUGGAGCUAUGGUGGCUCUAGACUCAUACUUUUAUGGUAGAUUGAUAAUCACCCCUUGGGAAUUCUUCAGGUUUAAUGUGCUUCAGAAUAUUUCCACCUUCUAUGGCAACCAUCCAUGGCAUUGGUAUAUAACACAAGGUCUUCCAGCAGUACUUGGUAUUAAUAUUUUUCCAUUAUUCUGGUCAAUUAUGUCAAUAGUCAGAAGACCAAGUGAGAAUAGGAUUGGACUGGUUCUGUUAGCAGCCACUUCUCUCCAUGUUGUAGUACACAGUUUUAUACCACACAAGGAAUUCCGGUUUGUUUUACCUUUGAUGCCAAUUCUUCUGUACCUAAUCCAAGAUGUCAUAGUACCCUGGAGUAGAAAAGCCAAGAGAUGGCAGUUAUACACAGUGGCUCUGAGCAUUUUUCUUGGAAAUAUGGUACCUAGCCUCUACUUUGGCAUGGUUCAUCAAAGUGGUACUUUGAAGGUGAUGCCUCUGCUAAGAGAUGCAUUACCAAACAACCGGUCUUCCAUUUUAUUCAUGAUGCCUUGUCACUCCACUCCUCUGUAUAGCCACCUACAUAUGAAUGUGUCAACCCGCUACCUCAACUGCGACCCGCCGGCCGCGUCACAUACCUACGAAGCGGAAGCCUUCUACCACAACCCCCAGCGCUGGUGGCGGUCGGUGUAUGCCACCAGACAGACGCCUUUUCUGGUGGUGCUGUUUGACGUACUGCAAGGCAGAGUGGAGGACCUGCUGAAAGGAUACAAGCUUAUACAUGAACUACCUCACACACAGUACCCUGAAGGCGAAGUAGGAGAAAAAGUGCUAGUGUACCAGAAGAUAGAAAGACAAGCGAGUGCACAAACAGAUGAUAUUAUUCAAUGAUAGACCUAUAGAGAAUAUUUAACUGUUAGUAAAAUAUUCUUUACCCAAAUAAUAGUUGAUGCGGUCUUUCUAUUGGCCCUAGUGACUGUUUAAACUAAAAUCAGGUUGCACAGUGAUGGUAUAAUGUUCAAAAUAGUUGGGAUUUUUUGACUACUGUAUGUUUUUAUUGACUAAGUAGAUUUUAUUAAAUUUUAGAUUACUAUACAAAAAGAAAUGAAUAUGUCAAUAAUAUAAGUAUAAGUAGCUAAGUGUAAUGGUAACAUUAUACGUAUUAUGAUAAUUACAUUAUAUUUAAAGCAUUUUACAUUGAAUUCAAAUUGCAUUUUUACCGUAACAAGAGGGAUUGUUACUCUCUUAAUUUUUAUUUAAUAGAAAAUAUAAUUAUUAUUUAUGUGUAAUUUCUUUCAGAAAAUAUAAUUUAAUUUUUGACAUUUCUCUUUUAGAUUUAGUAUAGGAUUAUAUUCGAUUUAGUAAUGACAAAAAACGUUUUGGUUUUGGUGUAUUUUUAUUGAAAUAAGUUUUAGAAUUUGACGCGUCGCAAUUUGUGAUAGAAAUAUUGUAUCUUCAACUCGAUUGAGUUACUUAUGCCCGAGGUAGUUGAAUAUUACAUAUAUUCAUAAAAUGUGACAAACUAUAAUAUAACUAAAUUGUGUACUGUUGUGAUGAGGUCUGGAAUCAAAAACAUCCAUGUAAUAGCCAUGGACAAUUGUUGCUUAAAACGAUAUAUUCAAUCAAAUAUUAUGGAAUUGAUUGGCCUGUUAUUAAGCGCUGCGCACGUGGGGAGGGCGGGGGACGUGCAGCGGGCGGUAGCGGAGUUGUAUAAACGUACGUACGCAAUGAAUUCAUGGAUGGACGGUUUUUCGCCCCUCAAUCGCGGGAGGAAACUAAAUCUCGACGCCAUUCAUUCUCGACAUAUUCAUUGAUUUGUUGACAGUGAUAAAUGAAUUAAUAAUAUUACAUGAUGCAUUAUUACAAUUGUCGAUUUAUAGGUUGUUUUGCAACAAUCGUUCAUCGUUACUGUAAGAGAAAAAUAAUUGAUGUAAGAAAAUCGAAACCAGUGUCUGAAACUAGUGCAACAAUUACCAUUAUGCCCUAUGUAUUUAUAUUUAUAUUAUUUAAAAAGCGAUAUAUACUUAGAUUUUUGAUCCAUUGGGAUUUUGUAAAAAUUAAAUAUAUUUCGCUCAAAAUAUAUUUAAUUAAGGGGUAUGUGACAUUCUGUUGCACACAAGCGCUGAGUUAAUUUGACAGGCUUCAAAUCUGGCAGAUUUAUAUUUUAAUAAUCGUAGAUAGCAAGUAGUACUACUAUAUACAUUAAUCUUUUAUUUAGAGAUUAUGUGUAAACAGAAUCAGCCUCAAAGCGUCACGAGUACUUUGAGCAUGUUUCGGAAUCGCAAUAUAAUGUAUACUUCGUUUCUGUUUUAUCAUCUUAUAUAAGGCCCCUAGCACAUGGCGUAUUUUAAACGCGCUGUAGAUGCAUAUUUAUGCGUUUUUGUAGAUUCGAACGCGCAUAAAACGCGAUACAAACGCACGUGUGAAGCGUUCGAAACUCGUUUGAUCGCCGUAUAAAGGGCCAGUGGAGGGGUAGAGGGGGGGGGGCGUGACGAGUUCAUGACCAAAAAGUGGAAGAUACGAGCGAUUAGAGCGCGUCUGUAUCGGUGUAUCUGCGCGUAUACGCGCAGUAAACGCACGGUUGCCGAUCGCUCCAUGUGUUGAGGUUACAAGGUUGCGUUCAAAUCUCGUUUGAAGCGCGUAUACGCGUAUCAUUUGCGCGUUUAAAAUACGCCAUGUGUUAGGGACCUACGUAAUACAUACGUACUACGUAUACAACAUGAUUUUACACAAUUUCAUAAAAUCCAUGACCAAUAUUACAGGUUUAAUUAUAAAAUUAACUUGCCAAAGCUACUAAAUACUAACAAAAUAGAUAAUGCUGCUUAUACACUUCACUCAUUUAGACAAUAUCAUAAAUUAUCACUUUUUUUUGCUACCACCGAAAAGUCCCAAUAGAUAAGAAUGAUAUUUCUAAAAUAUUUUAAGAAUAUGCAAUUGAAACUUUGAUAUAGAUUUAUUUUAUGAAUUAAUUUUUCAAAAUGGUUUUCUAUAUUGGCUAUUAAUUGAUGCUUAUAGUGAUAAUUUAUAAAUUUUGAUGAUUUUUAAUUGCAAUAAUAUGUAUGUGAACUAGUAGUAAGUAUUUUAUAAAGAAAUUAACUUUAUAUUACAUUAGAGAAACUGUCCCUUAUACUAGUAUACAGUGGACGUACUUUUAGAAGUGUUAAUCUUGGAUUAUUCAUCCCUGUUUUACUCUCAUUACACUUGAUUAGUAUUUAUUUUCUCCAGUUCGUCUAUAACUAUAACCGGACUGUCUAAAGUAAAAAUAAUUAUUUAAGUUGAACUGGUUAUUAUUGAAUACAAAUGUAAAAUUUCUCAAAUUUAUAUGAUUAGUAUAAAUAAUACUUAUAUAUUGUUUUUUUUUUUUGUUAAAAUAUCUUACUGUCAGUUCACAUUUUCUUCGAGUUUUAGAUUAUUUCAUCUGUAGGCUAUUUUAUACGAUAGAUAUAACUAAUGCCUUGCUCAAGAAUAAAGACGAGUAUUUUAAGAUCCUAUUGUCUUUUUUAACAACAUUAUUAAUAUUAAAAAAUAUAGGUAUAAUAUUUAUACCUAGUAAGAUCGUGUUCAUAAAAAAACGCUUUACGUAUUUGUUCGAAUAAUUUAUAAUUUAAUGUUUUAGAAAAUUUAUUGCUGAAAUUCAUAUAAUUAUUUUCUCACGUGGCAACUUAAUAUUAUUAAUAAAUUUUAUUUAAUCGAUAUAAAAAUAAUUUUUCAAUAUACACAUACAAAUAUGUAGACCGUUACUUAUGGGAACAAUUUUGAGCAAUUUUAUUUGGUGAAUAGUUAUGUUGUUUUUUUUGUGUAUAAAUAAAAUAUUUCUUCUAUGUGAAGUGUGAAUUUUAAUAAAGAUUUUAUUUUUAAA